AUGUCGAAAUUACGAAAAUGCACACGAGCUACGGUGCUCUCUAUCCUCCUCGCCUCCGCCCAUACCGCCUCUAUCCCCUCCGUCUUUGAGCGACAAAACACAUGCGCCGCCGAGGGCUUCACCUCCUGCGGCAACGGCCUCCCGGGAAACUUCUGCUGUGGGACAGGCAAGAAAUGCAUCACUCUGGCAGGGAACACCACCGUCCUCUGCUGUCCCGAGGGAGAGAGCUGCGACAGAAUCUCGCCCAUCACAUGCAACAUCAACCUCCAAGAUCCCGUGGCACACCCCGAUGCGUCCAUCAAGACCACAGUCCUCAAGGGCACGCUCGCCACCUGCGGCGACAGCUGCUGCCCCUUUGGAUACAGCUGCAAUAGCCUGUCGCAGUGCACGAUGGACUCGGAUCAGACCAAAGCACCAGAGGAGGCGUCUACCCCAGUCCCAAAGCCAUCGUCGACGGCCACCGCUGCUCCGAGCGUGAUACCGACUACCAUCGCCGCCAGCGCGACGCCCGCCGAGACCAACAACAAUAACAACGACAGCGACACCGAUAACAAGAACGGCACCUUCCCCACCGCCAUCGUCAUCGGCUCCCUCUGCGGCCUCCUCGUAGGCGUAGGCCUCGGCGUCGCCGCCCUCCUCUUCUGCGCCCGCCGUCGUCGCCGCGGCCCGCCUCCACUCAACGAGAAGAAACGCAGCGGCGGCGGUGGCGGUGGCCCUCGUCCGUCGACGUCCACCUCGUCCUUUGGCAACUUCAUCUCGGAACCCAUCCCCAUCACGGACAACGCCACCGUGCGUACGGACUUUAUCCUAAAGACCCCAUCCACAACACACUCCCGCUCGCGAAGCGGCUCCGGCUCCGUCACCUCGCCGGCGGGGUAUACCCCUAACAAAGGCCACAACCGCCUCUCCUCGACGGCGACGACGCUGGCGCACCACCCCAUCGGUCUCGCGCGCAGUGACUCUGCCCCUCGGACGCCGCCUGGGAGGGUGGGAGGAGGAGGAGGAGGAGUAGCAGGCGCCGGAGCUGUGCCUCCCAUUAGGGGCAUGCGUCCCAACUCCGGGUCUAGACGCUUGCAGCCGCCAAAUGUGCCGAAUCCGCUUGCGCCGCCGAAGCCGGGGUACAUCAUCAACAACAACAGUAACCAGUCCCACCUUCAGCGCGAGCCGAGCAGCGAGAGUAUUAGCGUCUUUGCGGACCCGCGGACGGUGGGCGGGCGACCUGGGGUGAAGAGGAAUACGACGUUUACGGAUAUGAUGGAGGAGGCGGAGCUCGGUGACGUGCGGAGGGGGAAGCCGUAUGUGCCAUAUACGCCGCAGAUGCCGUCACAGGUUGUUCGAUGA